AUGAGAAAAGAAGACUACAAUAGCUCUCUUUUUAUAAGGGGUUCAUAGAGCGGCCUCUCACAUCGCCGAAGCUCUCCUCUCACUCAUCCACGACGCAUCACCACCGCUAGUCACGCCGGGGAAUCUCAUUCUUCGAAUCGCCGCAUAAAGAUCCUUCUCCGAAACCUCGCCGUUUCUCCAAUUCGUCAAGAUCUAAAUAUCCCUUUCAGCAGAUUCCGAUGUUCUUUUCAAGCAACCACCAUUAGUGACCAUGGAGAGAAGACCUGUCCACUAUGUGCUGAGGAGAUGGAUCUGACUGAUCAGCAAUUAAAGCCUUGCCAAUGUGGCUAUCAGAUGUGUUUGGUGUUAGCAUCACAUAGUGGACAUGGCAGAGAAAUAUCAAAUAGAAGGGCGUGGUCCAGCUUGUCGCACUCCAUAUGA